CAGAUAGCCCCAUUCCAUCAAGACUUUGAGACGGUUGCAGUUUUCUACAAUUUAGUAUACAGGGAAGAAAGCCACCCCCACCCUCUAUACUUUCUUAAUAAUUUUGUGGUUCCAUAGCUGUGGAGAAAAAGAAAAUCCAGCAAACACUGAAUCACUGCAGGUGCAUACAUAGAAACUGCUUCAGCUGUGCUUUCUGGACAAAACAAGGACUGGGAGAGUUCUCACAUCAGGAAGUACAAUGGCAGCACAGUGUGUGACAAAGGUAGAGCUGUCCAUCUCAUGUGAAAACCUGUUGGAUAAGGAUAUUUUGUCUAAAUCAGAUCCUUUGUGCGCACUCUAUAUAAAUGCUGGUGGAACACAAUGGGCUGAGGUUGAUCGUACCGAGAAAAUUCAGAAUUGCCUCAACCCAAAGUUUAACAAAAGAUUCUGCAUUGAUUACUUCUUUGAAGUUGUACAGAAGCUGAAGUUUGCCAUUUAUGAUAUUGAUAACCGAACAUAUGACCUGAGUGAUGAUGAUUUUCUUGGAGAAUUUGAGUGCACCCUUGGCCAACUUGUAUCCAGCAAGAAAGUGACCAGACCGCUGGUGCUUAGGGACAGAAGGCCAGCAGGGAGAGGAACAAUAACGAUUGAAGCUGAAGAACUUAAGGACAAGCGAGUAGUCUUCCUUGAAGUAGAGGCAAGAAAACUUGAUAAAAAGUACUUCUUUGGCAAAUCUGACCCUUUCCUGGAGUUUUAUAAACCGUCUUCUGAUGGCAGGUGGCAACUUGCUCACAGAACAGAGGUCAUCAAAAACAAACUUAAUCCUGUCUGGAGGCCCUUUAAAAUAUCUCUUCAAGCUUUGUGCGGUGGAGAUUUAUUUAAGCCAAUCAAGGUGGAAUGUUAUGACUACAACAAUAGUGGAUCACACAAACUUAUCGGACUUUUUCAAACUAAUGUGGAAAGAAUGUCUCAGGCAAAACUAGGGUCCUCUGUGGAAUUUGAAUGCAUCAAUGAAAAAAAGAAAAAGAAAAAAAGUUACAAAAAUUCAGGUGUAGUGAGUGUAAAAGAAUGUAGGAUUGAAUGUGAAUAUACAUUUCUUGAUUUCCUCAUGGGAGGAUGCCAGUUAAAUUUCACAGUUGGCAUAGACUUCACAGGUUCCAAUGGUGACCCUCGCUCUCCAACUUCUUUACAUUAUAUCAAUCCACAUGGCUUUAAUGAAUACUUGGCAGCAAUCUGGUCUGUAGGAUUGGUCAUUCAGGAUUAUGACUAUGACAAAUUAUUUCCUGCAUUUGGAUUUGGAGCGCAGAUUCCUCCUACAUGGCAGGUUUCACAUGAGUUUCCGUUAAAUUUUAAUCCGUCCAAUCCUUUUUGUGCUGGUAAGGAAAUGGUAAAUGAAACUUGCAGUUUUAUCUUCAGCCAGUUUAGAAGUGAGAGAUUAAAGCUAACUGAACAACCAACAGAGCAAAUGUGUCACUGUGGUGAACAAUAUUAUAUCUUGUUGAUAAUCACUGAUGGAGUGAUUACAGACCUUGAUGAAACCAGAAGUGCCAUUGUUAAUGCUUCCAAGCUUCCAAUGUCCAUUAUCAUUGUUGGUGUUGGAGCAGCAGACUUCAGUGCCAUGGAAUUCCUGGAUGGGGAUAAUAUUGUCCUUACAUCACCAACAGGAGAACCAGCUAUUAGGGAUAUUGUCCAGUUUGUGCCAUUCAGGAAGUUCCAAAAUGCACCCAAAGAAGCUUUAGCUCAGUCUGUGUUGGCAGAAGUUCCACAGCAAGUGGUGUCCUACUUCAACACGAUGAAGCUACACCCACCCAAUGAUAUGAGUUCAGCACCUUCCUAAUCAGAGUUCCACAAGGAUAUGAAGACUUCCACAGGAGUGCGGGGAUGAUGUGCAUGAGCUAAGCAUGCUGUUAUGUGCUUCUUCUGGACAUUAUUAAAAUGUGCCAUUUUUAUUUUUGUAACCUUAUAUUUAAUAUUUUUGUCUUGGAAACAAGUUGUUUACAUUUGCUUUUUUUAACUGGUGUUACAUUAGCAGCAUCUGACCAGUUAAAUAUUAGCUAGCUUUUCUACUCAUCCCUUGAUCCCAUUCAUUGGUAGUCACAUAAUAAAAUCAACAUAGGAUUGAAUAGAAGCCAUUACGCAAAGUUUGAUGCCAUGUUCAAUUAUUUUUGGCCUUGUAGUCCUUCUUAAAUUUAUUGGCUAACACUACCUCCCAUAAUGUGCCUUAAUUCUAAAAAGGAAUGUAUGUUGCCUUUAACCAUUGCUGACAAUGUCCUACUUCCACAGACCAUGAUUACGCAAGAGGAAAGGCCUGUUCACCAUAUGGUUGUGUACUUUCCUAAAACACAUUUCCAUUUCCACAGACUGAGUAUAAUAAUUUCUCUUAUUGUGUCUACAGCAAUUCAUUGAACUUAUGCACCUUUUAUUUAAAUUUGUAUAAUCUUAAUUUAAAAUAACAGCCAUUGUCUAGUUUAUGUUUACAGGUAUGGUGUUAUAAGAAAAAAAUCAGAAGACACUAUAUUCAAAAUUUUUUAUGUAUGAAUAAUAUGCAUGCUAACAUUUUUAUCUCUUACAUUUUCUGCUGCCAUCCUAUUUCAAACCUAAAUGAAUUUUGUUGUUUUCUGGGG